UUCAUCCUUUUGUCUCUCUACCUGCCAUCCUCACUUACUCUCUCUGUUCAUUCACUCCCAUACCUCCACCAUUCUUCUAUCCAAACAACCCCUUAAAACCCACUUGUUUAACAUUUCAAGUUUCCAACAAUGGAAUCCGAAUCCCCCAUUUCAAUGCACCAGCCUCUCCAUUUCCAGCAAGACGACGACGCCUCUCCCAAGCCCAUCAAGAAGAGCUUAGUCAGCACGCUCAUGGAGGCCGCCGCCCUCCGCAGCCCCUCCUUCAAGGAAGACACUUACUACAUCUCCCACCUCAAACACUCCGAGAAGAAAGCCCUCUCCGAUUUCAAACACACCCUCGCCGCCUCCUCCUCCUCCUCCGCCAACGCGUCCAUGUGGGGCAUCCCGCUUCUCUCCGCCGCCGGCGCCGACGACCGCGCCGACGUCGUCCUCCUCAAAUUCCUCCGCGCCCGCGACUUCAAGGUGGGCGACGCGCUCCACAUGCUGGAGAAGUGCGUGGGGUGGAGGAAAGAGUUCGGAGCGGACGACGUCGUAGAGGAGGACCUGGGGUUCAAGGAGCUCGAAGGAGUGGUUGCGUAUAUGAACGGAUUCGACAGACAGGGACACCCUGUCUGUUACAACGCCUACGGCGUGUUCAAAGACAGGGAAAUGUACGAGAGAAUCUUCGGAGACGACGAGAAACUCCAGAGAUUCCUGCGGUGGAGAGUCCAGGUUCUUGAGCGAGGGAUUAAGCUCCUCCAUUUCAAACCCGGCGGCGUAAACUCCAUUAUCCAAGUCACCGAUCUCAAAGAUAUGCCCAAACGAGAACUCCGUGUCGCCUCUAAUCACAUCCUCUCUCUUUUCCAGGACAAUUACCCAGAAAUGGUGGCCCGCAAGAUUUUCAUCAAUGUGCCAUGGUACUUCAGUGUGCUUUACUCAAUGUUUAGCCCAUUCUUGACCCAAAGAACAAAGAGCAAGUUCGUGAUCUCCAAGGAAGGCAAUGUUGCCGAGACAUUAUACAAGUUCAUCAGGCCGGAAUAUGUGCCAGUCCAGUAUGGCGGUCUGAGUCGACCCAGCGAUUUGCACAACGGUCCUCCUAAACCGGCCUCCGAGUUCACUGUCAAAGGAGGGGAGAAAGUCAACAUUCAGAUUGAAGGCAUUGAGGGCGGCGCGACAAUAACAUGGGACAUAGUGGUGGGAGGAUGGGAGUUGGAGUACAGCGUGGAAUUUGUACCCAACGCCGAGAGCAGCUAUACCAUCGCCGUGGAGAAGCCGCGGAGGAUUGCCGCCGGGGAAGAGGCGGUUCACAACUCUUUCAAGUCGCCGGAGGCCGGGAAAUUGGUGCUCUCCGUCGACAACACGGCUUCCCGGAAGAGAAAAGUGGCGGCUUAUCGAUACCUAGUCCGCAAAUCAUCGACCAUCUAAUAAUGCUUUUUACAAAUAGUAAUAAAGAAUCUUUUGGGUUGCUUUUAGUUGGCCGGCCACGCUAAUCUCUUUUCUUUUUUUGUUUAAUCAUUUCUUUGAGGGGCUUAAUUACCUUUGUGAUGCUUGGUAACUUUUAAUUAUAUGUACUUGGUGGGUGUACUUACUACUAGCUUAGUGGUAUGAAUAUAUAUAUAUAAAUGGUGUUAUUAUAUUUGCUUAA